AUGGACAGCCCCAGCGCCCCGGCCGCUGCCCCCGCCGCCACCUCCGGAGCCUUCGCCAUGGACAAGGCGUUCGGGCCGCAGCAGCCCCUGGGCGGCCGCCUCCUGGAGCCGGGGGACUGCGCCCAGGCCAGGAAGAACUUCAGCGUCAGCCACCUCUUAGACCUGGAGGAGGUGGCGGCCGCGGGCAGGAACGGAGGUCGCGAGCCCCGGGCCGAGCCCCGGGACGGCAGCCGGGGGCUGCAGGAGCCAUCCGGGGGGAGCAGCGGCAGCGAGGCGGCGCCGCAGGACAGUGAGUGCCUCAGCCCCAGCAGAGGAGUCGCCAAGAGGAAGAAGAAGCAGCGUAGAAACCGAACCACUUUCAAUAGCAGCCAGCUACAAGCCCUGGAGCGGGUGUUUGAGAGGACCCACUAUCCGGAUGCCUUCGUCCGAGAGGAGCUGGCGCGCAGGGUCAACCUGAGUGAGGCCCGGGUGCAGGUAUGGUUCCAGAACCGAAGAGCAAAGUUCCGACGAAAUGAGAGAGCCAUGCUAGCCAACAGAUCCGCCUCACUUCUCAAGUCUUAUAGCCAGGAAGCAGCCAUUGAGCAGCCAAUGGCACCCAGGCCAACCGCCCUGAGCCCAGACUAUCUGUCCUGGACGACCACACCCCCCUACAGCUCAGCUACUGGCAGCUCUGGGCACUCACACCCUCCUGCCAGAGAUGCACCGGCUGAUGGGGGCUCCAGAGCCAGUUGCGGGGGCAGCUCCACGCCUGUACAGAACAUCGAGAUGGGCUUGCCGCACGGUGCCAUCCUACAGCCCCGGGGGGACAGCCCCUCCCACUCAGGGGGUCAACAUGGCCAACAGCAUCGCCAGCCUCCGCCUCAAAGCCAAAGAGUUCAGCCUCCAUCAGAACCAGGUGCCCACAGUGAACUGAAUGAUUCCCAGCAGCCCUCAACCAGGACUAAGCUACCUUUUUCUUAAAAAAAAAAUUUUUUUAAGAAAAAAGAAAAAAAAAGAAAAAAUGUUUUUAAAAAGAAAAAAAAGAAAAAAGAGGGAGAGGGAAGGAAAGGAAAAUGAACCCCACCCCACUUUCCUACCCACAGUACAAGGAUGGCUGUUCCUGCCCCCAACAGAAGGGCUGGUUAAGAAAGGAGCCUACAGAGACAUCCAAGGACACUCUCUCCAACCAACAUUCCUUCUCUCAUUUGGCUGCUGAGGACAGCAGAGCCCAGACCCAGACCUUCCCUCCACCCUCUGUCUCAGUUAUCCUCAUUCAUGAGCAUCUGAUGCUUCCAGGCCAGGAAAGAGGAGGGAGACCUAUGUGAACAGAGUUUUUGUUUGAAAAUAAAAAAGCUUGAGUUCUUAAAAAACAAACAAACAAACCUGGAAAAGGAUGAGAAAAAAAAAAACUAUAAACAGAACCAAAGGUUUUUCAUUUGAGAUGCAGAAUAUGAGCUGGUACCAGCUGAUGUUGUUCAAGAUCCAUUUUGGUUGCUGACACCAGAUGGGAUUUUGGCAUAAAAUGUCCCAGCAGCCCUUAGGGCAACAGUCAACAUAAACUAGCCCCUCUACGACAUCAUCAUGCCAGCUGGCAUACCUUGGUCUGUGCAUAGGCUGAAGUCUGUCCAUUUCUGCUGGACAAAAAGUGGAAUCCAGCUCCAUGGUUUGGGCCUUGAACAAUAUGUGCAUCCUAGUAUAAAAGUACACAGUUGGGAUAGGGAGGAGUCAGAAAGAGAUUGACCCAGACUGCCUCCAUCCCUUUCUCCCAAGGGAGCUCUGCUAGGGUUCCAGGCAGACUCUAAGGAAAGGAUGCCAGAGGCCAAGUUACAGGGUAAAAGGAGUCUUGUGCUUGGAAACAAUAGCCAUGUCACCCUGAACCCUGGUUACAACCCUCCUCGCUGGACCACCACAUCUCCUGCUGGAGGACAUAGCUGGACCAGAUAAUUCCAGGAUGCCUUCUAGCUCCAAGACCUGAGAUCCUCUAUGAAUACAGAAGGCUCAGCAACAUAGAUGCUCUCUGUGUACCUAGGACAGCUGGUGUUUCUCCUUUGCUCUCCCACACUUCUUCACCACGUCCCCAGUCUUCAGGAAAGUUAGCAGACUCCUUGGCAUCAUACAGGAGCCUGCUUGGGCCAUCCUUCCUUCUGCCAACCAACACUACCCUUCACUAAUUGGAUAUUCCAGCAGUGGCUAUGAGGGACAGAGAGGCUCAGAAAUAGCAGGAACAUUUUUCUCUCAUUCCCAGAAGCCUCUCUUUGCUUCCUGUGUAUGGCCUUUAGCCCCUACCCCCUCCCACAACCCUCCUUAGUUAGAAGAAGGACCAGAUAGGAGUGGGACCUAGAGCAGGCCUUCUUCUGGGGAUGUAGGAGAAAGAACAAUAAACUGGGGACCCUGAGGUCUGGUUCAAA